AUGGCAAAGCCACAGACCGCGAAUCUCCCCCUGAUACCGCUUGCACGAGGCACCAUCCUCCUUCCCGGCCUAGUCCAGCGAAUUCCCGUGUCGUCAAACCGUCCCGAUGUUCCGGCUUUGCUCGCCCACGUUUACGAACAAGCCGCUUCCAAGGGCCCAGAUACACGCAUCGACAGCAUUCCCAUCGCCUGUGUCCCGGUUUCAUCACCUCUGAUCGGUGGGAACGGCCAACGACUCAUCGGCAACGCUGAAGAUAUAGACCCCGCUGAGAUUGAGAAUGUGCUUCCCGGCGCGGCGAAGAAGACCGAUCUUUUCUCGUUUGGCGUCGCGGCCAAGAUCAUUGGCAUCGAUGGAAGAGGAACUGGGGAAUUUGCAUUGCGCGUCGAAGGUACUGCUCGUGUUCGCAUUGACUCCUACACUCGCGAGCGUCCUUACUUUGAAGCCAAGGUGACAUAUUUUCACGAAGACUACAAUUCUACUGAUAAGCAGACGCAAGACUUGUUUGCUCUAUUGAAGACUCGAUCUCGAGAACUCGUCACAAUUCUUAGGAUUUCCUCCCUUCUUCCCCGAACCCGAGACGGACCGAUCCUUUCACCGGUCCUCACCAGACGACUUGAAAUGCUUAUCAUGAGGAAGGAAUUAAAGGAGGCUGGACUUCUUGCCGAUUUCAUGGCCAAUCUGGUUGAAAGCACUCACGAGGAGAAGCUCGAAGUCCUUGCAGCUCUAGAUGUCAAGGUGCGCCUCACCAAAGUCAUUGAGUUACUUGAGCGCCAGGUUGGCGGCAUCAAGAACAACUUCAAAAUCACCACUUUCACAACCAUGCCCGUCCAGAUCUUGGAUCGAUUAAAUGAGAACCAAAAGCACAAGCCAGGAUCGCUGCCCCAGAUUCCCGGCAUGGCAUUCGUCCCCCCCAAUGGGCAGAUGCCGGGCAGUAACGACCCAAACGACGACCAGGAGGCCAACGAACUCGACGAACUGAAGCGUAAGAUUUCAAACGCCAAGCUUCCAGCCGAAGCCGCCAAGACUGUGGAUAGGGAAAUGAGACGCCUGCAGAAGAUGCAACCCAUGAACCAGGAAUAUCAAGUUACUCGUAAUUGGUUGGAAAUUUUGGCUGAGAUACCCUGGACAGUCACAACGGAUGAUCGUCUGGGCCCCGAGACUUUGCACAGGGCAAGAAAGCAGCUUGAUGAUGACCAUUAUGGCCUGGACAACGUUAAGAAGAGACUUAUCGAAUACCUAGCUGUUCUGAGGCUAAAACAAUCCAUUAAUGACGACGUCGAGAAGAAAAUCAAGGACGCGGAAGAGCAGAUGGGCCACGCUACCGCUACCAAAGAGCAAGACAAGGAGAAAGAGAAGGAGACAGCUGAGGAGAGCUCCGAAGUUGAAGAGGCCACCAAGCCGGAAAUGGCCAAGCUUCAGAUCCUCAAAUCUCAGCGUAUGGUCGACAAGUCUCCCAUCAUGCUCCUCGCAGGCCCUCCUGGUGUAGGCAAGACAAGUCUGGCGCGAUCCGUGGCUACAGCUCUUGGUCGCAAGUUUCAUCGUAUCUCCCUUGGCGGUGUCCGAGACGAAGCUGAGAUCCGGGGCCAUCGAAGAACAUAUGUUGCGGCCAUGCCGGGUCUCAUCGUUCAGGGACUGAGGAAGGUGGGUGUUGCUAACCCUGUCAUCCUUCUCGAUGAGAUCGACAAGAUUGGCCAAGCUAGUAUUCACGGCGAUCCUUCAGCUGCUAUGCUGGAGGUUUUAGAUCCUGAACAAAACCAUAACUUCCAAGAUCACUAUGUUGGUAUGCCAAUUGAUCUCUCCAAGAUCCUUUUCAUCGCCACUGCCAACAGUCUCGACACCAUCCCUGCUCCUUUGUUGGAUCGAAUGGAGAUGAUCUACAUUCCCGGCUAUACGACACUCGAGAAGCGACAUAUUGCUAUGCAGCAUCUGGUCCCCAAGCAGAUCAAGAUGAACGGGUUGGACGAGGUUCAUGUUGCCUUCAACCAAGAAGUUGUUUCCAAAAUUAUCGAGAACUACACUCGCGAAUCUGGAGUUCGUAAUCUGGAGCGCGAAAUCGGAUCUGUCUGUCGUGCCAAGGCUGUUGAGUAUGCCGAAGCUAAGGACGGGGGUCAUAUGGAGCAUUAUCGAUCCGAACUAAGCGUAGAGGACGUCGAGAACAUUCUAGGUAUCGAGAAGUUCGAAGAGGAGAUUGCCGAAAAGACAAGCCGCCCAGGUAUCGUGACAGGCCUGGUAGCCUACAGUUCUGGAGGCAAUGGUAGCAUUCUAUUCAUCGAGGUUGCCGACAUGCCCGGCAAUGGACGGGUUCAGCUCACAGGAAAACUUGGCGAUGUGCUGAAGGAAAGUGUCGAGGUGGCUUUGACAUGGGUCAAGGCUCAUGCUUUCGAGCUGGGCCUUACACCUGAACCUACCACCGACAUCAUGAAGGAGCGUAGCAUUCACGUGCACUGCCCAUCAGGUGCUAUCCCCAAGGAUGGUCCAAGUAGUGGCAUCGGUCAGGCUAUUGCACUCAUUUCCCUGUUCUCGGGGAAGCCGGUGCCACCAACAAUGGCAAUGACGGGCGAGAUUUCUCUCCGGGGCAGAGUUACAGCCGUCGGAGGUAUCAAGGAGAAACUGAUCGGCGCCCUCCGAGCUGGCGUCAAGACUGUGCUACUCCCGGCUCAGAAUCGCAAGGAUGUUAAGGAUCUUCCGCAGGAGGUCAAAGAUGGCCUCGAGAUACUUCACGUCAGUCAUAUCUGGGAGGCGAUCCGUCUCGUCUGGCCAGACUCGCAUUGGGCAGAGGACAGCAAUUACCGAGGCAUCGAGAGCCGACUGUAA